AUGACCGGCAUGCCCCUUCCUAAUCAGUUCUGCUUGCGCGCGCUCGUGUCCCAAACCAAAAUCCAAAGCACGGGAGCGGCAAACCCUACCUGUACCGAGGGAGCGGCAAACCCAAACCAGUCGCCGGCCAGCAUGCCUGAAAAUGCGGAGGGCCAUGGCAUUGCACCAGGACAGGGCUCGGGCAGCCACAAUGAUGAAGUGGCCAGCAAUCUGAGCUUCAAUACCAGGAUUGAAUCACAGCCUACAAUGAGAAUCAGUCUUAGAGUUCCUGCUUACACUGCAUAUUUGGAUGAUGGCAGUAGUGUUGAUGUAGAUGGUAAAGAUCAUAUUGUGGAACUGAAAAAUGUUGAUGGAUAUUUAAUGUUUAAUCUUUUGGCUGAUCUUAGAAACAAAACCAGUUGGGGUACAUGUCAAGAGGCAACAUUUUGGUAUUGGGACACUGAAAAGAUGGGAUUACAAGUGGUUGCUACAGAUGAUGAGUUGAGCAUGGUAUUCCAUAAAUUUCAUUCCAAAAAGUUAGUCUCAUUUGUUGUUGAGUUUCCAAUUAAGCCUUCAUAUAAGAGUAGUACGACAUUAGAGGCUAAAUUGGAUAAACUACCCGUGAGGAGGAAUCCAAAUAUGGCAUUGACGACAAGCAGUUCAGAUGAAUCGGAUGAGGAAAGUGGUGACGACAUUAAGGAAAAUGUUGACCCUUCUUGGAUGGAAGACAACGACAUAUUUAUGGAGGACCAUGAGGUGUUUGUGUCUCUUGGAUUGAGGGCUGAGGAUGAGGCAACAACAAUGAACUUGGGAAAUGAUGGUGUUGAUCUUAAUACAGCAGAAAUUUCAGUUGAUGACUAUGCUGAAAAUGAGCCAAGGUUUGUGGUUGAUAGCGAAAAUCCAAAGAUUAGAAAGGGGGAGACCUUCCCAACAAUGGAGCGUUUUAGGAUGGCUUUGAAGCAAUAUGCCAUCCUAAAUGAAUUUGUGGUGCACAAGGUUAGAACUGAUAAAAAAAGGUAUAGGGCUGAAUGUAAGGCAAAUGGAUGUCCUUGGAGAAUUGUAGCUAAUAAACUUGUGGGACAGCCUACUGUUGAGAUCACCAUGAUUCCCCAUGAGCAUGAAUGUAUGGGUACUGGUUCGCUGGUCAACACAAUGGCAUCUAAGAGGUGGGUUGCAGAGAGAGUGGUUUCAUGGUUGAGAAAGAAGCCAAGACUUGGAGCAGCUGAUUUGCAAGACAAAUUGUUAGAAAAAUAUGGGGUAGAGGUCAGUUAUGCUACUACUUGGAAUGGAAGGCAGCUAGCAAUGGAUUCAAUAUAUGGCUCUUGGGAAGAUAGCUUUCAGACCUUGUUUAGUUUUAGGGCUGCACUCCUUCAUCAGUCUCUGGACACUAUUUUUGAAAUUGCCACUAAGCCGAGUGGAGAUGGUAUGAUUUUUGACAAGCUAUUCCUAGCGAUGAGGCCCUGUGUUGAUGGAUUUCUGCAAGGAUGCCGCCCUUACCUUGGUAUUGACUCUACUGCCUUGAACGGAAGGUACAAGGGGAAAUUGGCAUCUGCAACGGCGCUUGAUGGUAACAAUUGGAUGUACCCUGUUGCAUGGGCCAUAUUUGAAUCUGAAUCUUCUGAUAAUUGGAAGUGGUUCAUGAGGCAAUUGGAGAAGGCAAUUGGCCAUCCGCCAUCUUUAGCUAUAUCCACAGAUGCAUGCAAAGGUCUUGAUGCUGCAGUGAAGGAGGUGUUCCCUGACAUUGAACAUAGGGAAUGCAUGAGACAUCUAUGGGAAAACUUCAAAAAGUACUUUCGGGGAGAAGUCUAUGACAAGAAUAUGUGGCCAGCAGCUAGAGCGUACAAGUCUAACAAAUUUGAGUUCCAUUGGAAUCAAGUUGUCGCUGCGGAUCCAAAGGUUGUGACUUACAUUAACCAACACCACAAUCACAAGUGGAGCAGGUCCAUGUUCUCAAAUGAUAUCAAGUGUGAUUAUGUGAACAACAAUCUAUCGGAGAGCUUCAACAGUUGGAUCAAGAAGAUAAAGGACUUGCCUCUUGUUGAUCUGAUUAAUAUGUUGAGGCGGAUGACAAUGGAUUUGUGGGAGAAGAGAAGAAGGAUUGGAAGCAAACUCUCCGAAAUCAUUCUUCCAACAAUAAUCAAGCAACUGAAAGCCAAAACAAGAGGAUUGGGUCAAAUGAAGGUUCAUAAUUUGCACUUUACUGCAGAAGUGUUUGGGUUCCAUCAUGAUAUGACACCUUGGGGGCAUGUGGUAGAUCUGACCACUCAAACUUGCACUUGUGGGGAGUGGGAAAUGACAGGAAAACCAUGUCCUCAUGCUUUAACUUUCAUUAAGAUGUUUUCAGAAAUUGAUAUGGCUACUUUUGUUCAUGAAUACUAUAGCGUAGAGAAAUUUAGGACAGCAUAUGGUGGCUCAAUUCCACAUAUGACUGACAAAUCACAGUGGCCUCAAGUGGAUAUGGGUUUCAAGUUGCUGCCACCUCCAUUGAAAAGAAAAUCUGGAAGACAAAGGAAGAACAUGUUCAAAGCUAGUCAUGAACCAGGAGCAAAGAAACAGCAGCGAUGCAACAAAUGUGGAGAGUUUGGACAUCGUGAAACUGGAAAUUGCCCUUUGAAUGAACCAAAAAAGAGGAAAAGACCACCCCAAGAGAGGAGGAAGCCAAAAAGGCCCAAGAUAAUCCCAGCUGACACCAUUUCACCGGGAUCCCUCACUCGGAGAAUUGUCAAUUUGGUGCAUGGUGAUGAAGAGAUUGCGACCCUGGUUCUGCGGCCCAAUGUCGGGAGGACUGCCGGAAGGAGGAGCUGUUCCCCACUGGUGAAGGAGGAUUCGUCCCCUGAAUAG